GAGUAUGCUAUCGCAGCAGCCAGCAAUAUCAUACCUGCGUUUUUCGAAAAGGGGUCGAGUGAAGGCCGGAGAAGGCUACCAUGGCAACUCCCUCCUUCCUCGCGAACAAGUACUUGAUUUCCUCGUGUAUAUUUGUAUGCCUUAAUAUUAUCUCUUCUUUAGACAAGGGCUUCGCUUUAACCUUGGCAGAAACAACAAAAGGCCACCAUCUUCAACUCAACUCUCUACUACCAGCAUCAACCUGCAGCCCCUCAACCAGAGGUCAUGAUAAGAAGAAGGCGUCACUUGAAGUGGUACACAGGCAUGGUCCGUGCUCUAAGCAGCCUAACCAGCACAAAUUGAAAACUCCAACUCACACUGAGAUCCUGCAGCAGGAUCAAGCCCGAGUCAACUCAAUUCACGCCCGGGUUUCUCAUAAAGAGGUCGACGAUCUCAGACAAUCCGACACGUCCAUCCCGGCAAAGUCAGGCAGUGUUGUGGGCUCGGGCAACUACAUUGUGACUGUGGGCUUGGGCUCACCCGCAAAACCACUCUCGCUCAUAUUUGACACUGGGAGUGACCUGACUUGGACUCAGUGCCAGCCUUGUGUUAAGUCUUGUUACAAACAAAAGGAGCCCAUCUUUGACCCAUCCGUCUCCAAAUCCUACACUAACAUUUCAUGUAAUUCGCCAGUCUGCUCUCAACUCAUAUCAGCCACAGGUAACACGCCCGGUUGCUCAAGCGGAACAUCAACUUGCAUAUACGGCAUACAAUACGGAGAUCAAUCCUUCUCAAUUGGAUACUUUGGUAAGGAAAGGUUGGCAUUAACUUCCGUGGAUGUCUUCGAUGGGUUUCUCUUCGGCUGCGGCCAAAACAAUCAAGGCCUUUUUGGUGGCUCUGCCGGGUUAUUGGGCCUGGGCCGCAACAAAAUCUCCCUCGUCGAGCAGACCGCCCAAAAGUAUGGUCGCUUCUUUUCCUACUGCCUCCCCUCCACUUCCAGCUCCACCGGUUACCUCAGCUUUGGAAGAGGUGCCGGAGGACCGUCUAAUGCAGUCAAGUUCACUCCGCUAUCCACGGUAUCUCAAGGUGGGUCCUUUUACGGGCUCAAUGUCGUUGGAAUUAGCGUUGGUGGACGUCAGUUAUCGAUUUCCACUACGGUUUUUUCGUCCUCAGGGACCAUCAUCGACUCAGGAACCGUCAUAACUCGGCUUCCGGCAACGGCGUAUAGCGCUCUAAGGGAUGCGUUUCGGCAGGGAAUGAAAAGUUAUCCGCAAGCAGAGGCGCUUUCGAUACUAGACACAUGCUACAACCUUAGUGGGAGCAAAACGGUGUCGUACCCCAAGAUAGCGUUCGCGUUUGGCGGUGGGUUGACGUUGGAUUUGGAUGCCACCGGCAUAUUGUACGUCGCGAGUGCUUCACAGGUGUGUUUGGCGUUCGCUGGGAAUAGUGAUGACAACGACAUUGCCAUCUUCGGGAAUGUUCAACAGAAACGGUUGCAGGUGGUGUAUGACGUCGCUGGUGGAAAGGUCGGAUUUGCCUCUGCUGGUUGCCCCUGAAUGGACUCUAUGCACUAUUGCUCAGGUUGGCUAUAGUGUUAUAUAGAUUGCAGAUUGACAGAUCGUCGUUAAUGGAUAUUCAUGUUCUGGAAGCAAAUUGUACAUAAAUAAGAGAUAUAUAUAUAUAUAUAUAUAUAUAUUAUAUACCGUAAUACAUCACGAACUCUGUAGUAGUUUGUAUUUUAUUUCAGGCUUGAAUGCUAUUGUUUAAGUGCAUGUGAUUAAUGAUUAGUCAUUGUGUUGUCAACAUAGUUGAACAAAAACUUCACCUAGUGUGUAUCAAGUUAUCAUG